UGCGGCCAGGCAUUUACACCUCGCGGUGAGCGCUGGAGCACGCACAGAACUACGCUCACCUAGCAAACAUUUCGGACGGGGUAGGGUAGGCGUCGUUUAAAUGAACAACUGCCCUCUUCAGAGCAGUCCUUUAGGCUGCCGGUGCCGAAGUUGAUCUUUCUCGUGUUAUUAUCCUACUUCACACUAGCAGGCUACAUUCUAAUUUACAUUUCAUCUUCCGCAUUUCAGUCAUAAGACCGGAAAAGUGGAUGCAAGAUUGACAACUGCUUUUGCUUAGUUAAACCGUAGUCCCUUAUUUCUCUCGCCAUUGGUCCACUGUUUAUUUGGAAGGCCGUACGUAAUCAGUGGCAGCACCGCCGGGACCUGAUCCAGCCGCCGGAUCGAUGUAAUGAGGGUCAAGGAUAAAGGAACGGGUUAAAAUUGACUUUACCCUUGACUGUGCUACACACAUCUACGGCGAUGGCACCGGGGAGCAACCGGAGCGUCUGAAAGUGUGCACUAAACGACUGGAGAGCAGCUGGCUGAGGAUGGAGCUUCUGCUCUGCUGAGGAACCUGAACAGAGAGAGAGCGAGAGCGAGAGAGAGAGCAGGAGGAAGAGGACGAGGACGAGGAGGGACUAACGCUGACCCAGGAUCCUUGGCGGGAGAGGUGCAUGCUGGUCCUGCGGCGCGUGUCCUGAGAGGGAGAGUGCGCGAUGGCGGCGGACCGGCGGAGAGGGAGUGCGGGGGGGCGGGGCGGAGCCGGCGUGCUGCUGCUGGGGCUGCUGGCGGCCACGGUGGGGGUGCGGGGGGGGCGGGCGGAGGGGGGGGCACUGCUGGAGGCCUCCAUGCACUCUUCCAUGCUUACGGACGUCCAGGAGGCGGCGGCUCUGAUGGGGACGGCCCCGCCCGCCGGUAUCCCAGACUCCUCGGCGGUGGUGGGUCAGGUGUUCCAGCUGAAGGUGCCGAUGGAGACACCCACCGGCGGCAGCACGCUGAAGGUGACUGAAGCAGGAAAGGCCUCUCUGCCCUCCUGGCUGCACUGGGACCCUGUGAGUGGGGUCCUGCAGGGGCUCCCUCUAGAGGCCGACCGGGGGAACCACUACAUCUCCGUCUCUGUUGCCGAUGGCGAUGGGUCCCGGGCGCCCCCCAGCCCCGACGUGUUCUCCAUCGAGGUGCACCCCGAGGAGCACGCGGACGGCCCCGCCCCCGCUGCGGAGGCCCCGCCCUUCUGGUGCAGCGGCGAGGAGCCGGUGACGGUGCUGACGGUGAUCCUGGACGCGGACCUGACCAAGCUGAGCGCGCUGCAGCGCGUGGAGCUAAUGCGACGCAUGCAGCGCUUCUCCGCCGUCCCGCUGCAGCGCAUGCGCCUCCAGCCCGUCGUCAACAACCGCCUCUUCGACAUGUCCGCCUUCAUGGCCGGCCCCGGCAACGCCAAGAAGGUGGUGGAGACCGGGGCGCUGCUGUCCUGGCGGCUGGGGUGCGCGCUGGAGCCGGGCCAGGUGCCCGACCUCAGCGGGGUGCAGCGUCCCGCCAAGGAGGGUGCCAUGUCGGCCGUGCUGGGCCACCCCGUGGUGGGCUGGCACAUCGCCAACAAGAAGCCCCACGCCGCCAAGCGGGCACGCCGGCAGCUGUACAACACCCCCACCCCGCUGCCCUCCCUGCUCCCGCCCAGCGCCCACCCUGAGCCCCCCCUGCGCAUCGUGCCCACCCCCACCUCGCCCCACAUCGCGCCCAGCACCGAGCACACCGCCCCCCUCGCGCGCGAGCCUAUCCCGCUGCCCAUGAAGCCCACCAUCCGCCUGCCGGCCCCUGUGGCCCACACCCCCACGCUGGGCCCCCCCCAGCCCACGCGCGUGCUGGACUCCACCAGCACCCCCCCCGUCCAGCCCACCGCCACCCGCCCCGUCUACGUGGAGGCCACCGCCUCCCCGACCCCCCCCUCCACCACCCGCAGGCCCAAAACCAGCCCCACCAAGAAGCCCCGCAAGCCCAAGACCUCCACCCCGCCUCCCCCCGCGAGCCGGGAGCCCAAAAGCACCACCCCCCGACCGCCCAAGCGCACGGCCACGCCCCCGGUCCCGGGUCAGAACCAGAAGCCCGACCUGCGCAACCCCAUCGACCAGGUGAGCGUGUGGGUGGGCAGCUACUUCGAGGUGAAGAUCCCGUCCGACACCUUCUACGACCGGGAGGACGGGCCCACGGACCACCUGCGCCUGACUCUGCGGCUGAAGCAGGGCGGGGAGGGGGAGGGGGAGGGCGGCGCGGGCGGGGACGCGGGCGCGGGCGGGGCGGAGGGGUCCUGGAUCCAGUUUAACAGCAGCAGCCAGCUGCUGUUCGGCCUGCCGGAGCCUGGGCACGAGGGCACGCACGAGUGCUUCCUGCAGGCCACGGACAAGGGCGGGCGCAGCGCCAGCGACGCCUUCGAGGUGCGCGUGCGCCGCCACCCCUCCGCCGACCACGCCCCCGUGCUGUUCGCCGCCCGUUUCCAGGGCGACCCGCAGACCGUCACGGCCAACGUGCAGCGGAAGAUCGCGCUGGUGAAGAGGCUGGCGCUGGCGCUGGGGGACCGGAACUGCAGCGCCCUGUCGCUACGCAACAUCAGCCGCGGCUCCAUCCUGGUGGAGUGGACCAAUAGCAGCCUGCCGGCCAGCCCCUGCCCCCGGGAGCAGGCCCUGAGCCUGAGCCGCCGCCUGGCCGAGCCCAGCGGCCGGCCCACUGCCGCCUUCGCCAACGCCAUGGAGCCCGACUUCCACCCCAUCGACGUGCGCGUGAGCGGCGCCGGGAGCUGCCGCAGCUUCUCCUUCGUCCCGCCGGCCGACCUGGCCCCCCCGCCCCCGCCGCCCCCGCCCACGCCCUCGGCCGCGCCCGGCCGCCAGAGCGCCGACGACGUGUACCUGCACACGGUCAUCCCCGCCGUGGUGGUGGCGGCCAUCUUGCUGAUCGCGGGCGUCAUCGCCAUGAUCUGCUACCGCAAGAAGAGGCGGGGCAAGCUGACGGUGGAGGACCAGGCCACCUUCAUCAAGAAGGGCGUGCCCAUCAUCUUCGCCGACGAGCUGGACGACCCCAAAGCGCCCCCCUCCUCCAGCGUGCCCCUCAUUCUGCAGGAGGAGAAGCCCCCCCUGCCCCCGCCCGAGUACCCCAACGCCGCCAGCCCAGAGACCACGCCCCUCAACCAGGGGCUGCUGGGGGAAUACUCCGGGCUGCGGGACGAGGACCCCAAUGCGCCCCCCUACCAGCCCCCCCCGCCCUUUCUCACCCCGCUGGAGGGGAAGGGCUCGCGCCCCAAGAACAUGACCCCCUACAGGUCCCCCCCCCCGUACGUGCCCCCAUAAUGCACUGGGCUUCCCGGGACUGAGCCGGAGUGGGGCGAUGGGGUGUUGGGAGUGGCGGGGGCGUUGGGGGUUUGGGGGGGUACCUGGUGACCCCUGACUGUGGAACUGUUGAUCGGGUCUCCCCCUGGUGAUCAGGAGAUGAACACCCCCACGCUUUUAGGUUUUCUGUUUUUGGGUUGGGUGGGAGGGGGUUUGGUUUUUUAUUUUAUUUUAUUUUCUGUCUUUUUUAUUUUCUUAUGUCUCAAGACUUGCCUAACAGUACUCUUUCUGUCUUCUUAACUUCUUUGAAAUUAAUUGAAACAGAACUGAAAUUAGAGACAUACAAGCACACGCACACACACACACACACACACGCACCACACCACACACACACUCUCGGAGGCAGAUUUGUGAUUAGAGUUAAUUGGACCCCUUGUUGGCAAAGCUGUGAUAUUGUAACCAUAGUGAUUAACACUUUUCAUAUUUUAAAAAUCCGUAUUCACGUUGAGCAGGAACGCAGGCAGCCUGAAAAAUCCAAAUCAAACUGAAUUUUAAAAAAAUAAAUAAAGAGAGAAAUCCCCGGGAUUGUAAUGCACUGAGUCGUGUGAACGCUGCCAUGGGAAGAAGGGUUUGUUUUCAGGCAUGUUUCAGGAACGUGUGGAAUGGCCAGUGCUUGACUGGUAGACUUGUUUUUUUUGUUGGGGGUGGGGGGGGGGUGUCUUUGUUGUCAUGGUAUUGUUUGAGCUUCCUGUCUGAGCCUUCAGUUCUGUUUGUGAUGAACAGAGCAGGAGUCCUCAGUGU